GGGGUGACUCGGGUUUCACCCGGGCGCGCGCGCAUCUCCCCUCCCGCGGCUGCUAAAUUGCAGCUUUAAAAGGAAGUGACAUGGGGUGGGGAGAGACGUCAGCUGAGGACCACUUUUUUUUUUCCCGAAGGGUCCACCCCAUGGGUGGAGUCUGGCUUUUUCUCUCCAGUGUUGGCUGACUCGCGGCUCCCAGAAACUAGUGGCGAUCGCGCGCCCGCCCGCUCCCUUUCAGUUUCUGGGCGCACAUGCCCGCGCCCCGGCGGCCGGAAAGCAGACUCUUCCCCGAGUGCUGGGCCUGCUCCCCUGCAGAUACUCCACGCGGGUGUUUGUUUUUCGCAUAAAAGCAGCAGCGCCAUGGACCUGGUCGGGCUGCUCAAGUCGCAGUUCCUGUGCCAUCUCGUCUUCUGCUACGUGUUCAUCGCCUCGGGGCUCAUCGUCAACACCAUCCAGUUCCUCACGCUCGUGCUGUGGCCCAUCAACAAGCAGCUCUUCCGGAGGAUCAACUGCCGCCUGUCCUACUGCAUCUCCAGCCAGCUGGUGAUGCUGCUGGAGUGGUGGUCAGGCACCGACUGCGUCAUCCACACGGACCCCCAGGCCUACCCCAAGUUCGGGAAGGAAAACGCCAUCGUGGUUCUCAACCACAAGUUCGAGAUCGACUUUCUCUGCGGCUGGAGCCUGGCUGAACGCUUUGGGGUUCUAGGGGGCUCCAAAGUCCUGGCCAAGAAGGAGCUGGCCUACGUGCCCAUCAUCGGCUGGAUGUGGUACUUCACCGAGAUGGUCUUCUGCACGCGCAAGUGGGAGCAGGACCGCACCACCGUCUCCCGGAGCCUGCUGCACCUGCGCGACUACCCCGAGAAGUACUUUUUCCUGAUCCACUGCGAGGGCACGCGCUUCACGGAGAAGAAGCACCAGAUCAGCAUGCAGGUGGCCCAGGCCAAGGGGCUGCCCAGCCUCAAGCACCACCUGCUGCCGCGCACCAAGGGCUUCGCCGUCACCGUGAGGAGCCUGAGAGACGUAGUUUCAGCUGUAUAUGACUGUACACUCAAUUUCAGAAACAAUGAAAACCCAACUCUCCUGGGCGUCCUCAACGGAAAGAAAUACCACGCAGACCUGUACGUCAGGCGGAUUCCUCUAGAAGAAGUUCCAGAAGACGAGGAGCAGUGCUCAGCCUGGCUGCACAAGCUGUACCAGCAGAAGGAUGCCUUCCAGGAGGAAUACUACAGGACUGGCACCUUCCCCGAGACGCCCAUUGUGCCCCCCCGGCGGCCCUGGACCCUGGUCAACUGGCUGUUCUGGGCCUCCCUGCUGCUCUACCCCUUCUUCCGGUUCGUCGUCAACAUGAUCAGCAGCGGGUCCUCCCUGACGCUGGCCAGCUUCGUCCUCGUCUUAUUUGUGGCAUCCAUGGGUGUCCGAUGGAUGAUCGGGGUGACGGAAAUCGACAAGGGCUCGGCCUACGGCAACAUCGACAGCAAGCAGACGCACAGCGACUGACUCGGGACGCCGCUCCGCCCGAAGGGGACCUUGAGGCCGGUGCACGCUGCGGUCACCCUGAGGGGGACCCGGCGGCCAAGGCUGUAUGAGCCCCUGCUGGGGGGCAAGGAGUCUGGCCUCAGCCCAGGGGGAGGAAGACGCUCUGAGGCCUCUUUGUCCCCAUACGCUCUAGUGGAUUUCUGUUCUUUCCUUCCGUGUGAGUGUGUGCGCGUGCGCGUGCGCGAGCGAGGACACACAUCACGUGAUGAGGAUGGCCGGGUGAGCUGCUUUGGUGGUCAGAGGGUAUCUGAGGCUGCAGGGGGAGGGCAGGGAUGGGGACUGCGUGCCCCUUCUUCCUUUGGUGCUGAGUUUUCUGGGACUGAUGCCAGAGACAGAGUAAAAGGCUGUAGGUAAGACUAAAUUAUGCCUCUGAAAACCUCAAGCGUGUGGCUCCUCUGUG